GAGGGAAACUUCGCUGUAUUUCCAGAGCACAUCGCGACAGGUUUCAGUACGCAGCAGUACAGAGAAUGAGUAUCUUAAACUGUGGCUGCUUUGUUGUCAAUUAGUUAUCUUUUUUACUUUCACUCUUCUUACCGCUAUCUUUCUGUGAUCCACUGGAUAUUAUCCUGUACUCCUGGGAGGUCUCACAAUGCCCCGCGCACCGAAUCCUAAGCACCGCCGCUCCGGUGGUGCUUCUACCCCCCAUAAGAAUUCACCUAUUAAAAUCCCGCUCAAUGAUGACAUGGGCGAAAAGGCGGCUCGCAUGGAAGCCCGACAGGCUCGCCAUGACCGCCAGAUGGACCAGAUCAAAGCAGCUGUCAAGACACCUAUGCCUCCUCGAAGAUACACUGGCCAUGAGCGUGGAUCCAGCAUGAGCCCGGUCACACCGCGCGGAUCAGGACACAGAGGCCGCGAAAGCGAUGUUGACGGCCGGAGAGCUGUAACCCCGAUGAAGCGUGUGCCUAUCUUAGCUAACUUUGAGGAAUGGAUGAAGAUGGCGACCGACAACAAGAUCAACGCAAAUAAUUCAUGGAAUUUCGCACUCAUUGAUUACUUCCAUGACAUGUCCUUGCUGAAGGAGGGCGAUGGUGUGAACUUCCAAAAAGCUAGUUGUACGCUCGAUGGGUGCGUCAAAAUUUACACGAGCAGGGUCGACAGUGUUGCGACGGAGACCGGCAAACUUCUGAGUGGCUUGGCCGAUAGUCGCGAUAGGAAGCCCCAGGAGACAGGUGUAGACGACGAUGGUGCCGAGGAUGAGGACGGAGAGGAAGGGAUGGGAAGGAAGUCCCGACGGAAGGCGCAACGAUCUCAUGAGGCUACACUUGCACCCUCAUUUGCCUCACUCCAACUAAAAAAGUUCGAACUUGAAUUUUCUGUCGACCCAUUAUUCAAAAAGGCCUCGGCGGAUUUUGACGAAGGUGGCGCGAAAGGCUUGCUAUUGAACCAUUUGGCAAUUGAUGGGCAAGGGCGAAUAGUUUUCGACAGUAGUGAUGAUGCCACAGAAGAGAGCUCGAAAGAUAUGGAUGAUGUGCGACAAGGGUCAGAGGAUCCUCAACACCCAGGAUCUCCGUCGCCACCUCCAAGGCAAUCAUCUGACGAUAUUUUCGAAGAAAACGUGGAGAUUGACAUAGCGUCCUUGGCAAACCAGUUUUUUCCAGAUUUGGAACGUCUUGAAAUGCAGGAUAUCUGCCCAUCGUUGAAAAACUUUGAUCUUGGCGACCCGAGCGGGUCGUUGGAUAUACCAUUUCUCAAGGCCCCCGAAGACUGGCGUAAUGAUAAGGGCCACGAUGAAGGGCACAUUCCGAAUGAUGCAUCUGGAAUCAUGCUCGAUGACGACAAUGCUGUUGGAUUUGAUGAUGACGACGCAACAUUGGCGGGCUUUGAUCUUGGUGGAGACACCGGAUUCGGUGAUGGUGGUGAAGCAUGGGCUCGUGAAGCUGCUCUGGAGCCGAUGCUUAAAGUUCACCGAGUCGAUCGGGGCAAUGACGAGAUUCAGGAUGGUGAAGAGCUAGAUAAUGACGAUGUAUAUGCCAUUUCUCUUACCCAUCAGCCUAACAUGCAGGACCAUGAAAAUAUCCUCAGCUACUUCGAUAAUGCCCUACAAAAAAACUGGGCAGGCCCGGAACACUGGAAAAUCCGCAGAAUUAAAGAGCAUGCUGCGGCAAAUACUGCUUCCGCUGCCCCAAAGCAGCGGAAGGAAAAAGAGCCCUUUGAAAUUGACUUUUCUGCACCGUUGGAAUCGUCCGUUGCUGAGUUGAUGUAUACCCCAGCAAGCUCCAACUCUACCAUAUCGUUGCCUAAAACACAAUGGAAGACAAAGGGCCGUAACCUUCUUCCAGAUGAUAAACACUUCAAUUCGCGACAAUUGCUUCGCCUCUUUCUCAAGCCCAAGGCCAGGAUGGGCUCCAGAAGACUGGUGGGUACUCGGCAAUUUAACCAACACAGGGAAGACCGGACAGCGGGGAAUGGAGAAAUGGAUGAAGCAUUCUGGGCAAAUCAUAAGCCGGAGAAUAAUGCAACUCCCGGUGGGGAAGGCGCCCCCGGCGCAUAUGAUGCAAAUUUCUUCGCAGAUGAUGAUGGCCUUGCAUUCCCUAACGGCCUUGGUUUGGGUGAUGAUGACGAUGAUAACCUACCCUUUGCGGAUGCUAGAGAGAUACUCUCUCCGCCAUCCGAUGGACAGCCAGGAAACCCAGCAGGGGACGCUGGCGGUGCUUCGGGACUUACAGCGCUCUUGGGCAUGGUGGGCGCCACACCUGGCUCAGCGUUACAAAGCGGAGCUGGAGGAUUCGGGUCACAACUAGUAACACAAGGUGGUCGGAGAGCGCGCCCUGACUACGUUGCGUAUGCAAGAGUGGCCAAGAAAGUUGAUGUUCGACGACUUAAAGUGGAGAUGUGGAAGGGUAUGGGUGAACGCUUAAUCGCAUCAACAAGUUUUGAUCCCUCUCAGGAAAGCCCACAUCGAGAACAACCCACUGAAAAUGAGGCCAAUGAACCUCCAGCACCCACAUCCGUGAAUGACAUGCAGCAGGAGAAUGGUCAACUCCGAUUUACGCAGAUCAUGAAUUCACUCAAAUCUGUCUACCCUCCGGAAACGCUACGUGAUAUCAGUACCUCGUUCGGGUUUAUUUGUCUGCUUCACUUGGCCAAUGAACAGGGCCUCAUGCUGCAGAAUGAUGAUGAUUCUAGUGGUCUUGGUGAAGGCAGGCUGGAAGACAUCUUUGUCAUAAAGGAUGCCAAUGCAAUUCUUGAAGAAGGCGCUAUAUAAUGAGACUGACAUAUGUUGUUUACAUUAAAUGCACAGGCAAUUUCUUGUUCCAGGGUUACAGGAUGCUCAUGAGGAACUAAAUAUAGUUCAGGAUCAAUGCUCGACGUUAUGUCGCAAAGGAGUUGGGGCUCGUAUUUCAUACUGGGUGGUAUUUGUGUUUUUGCUCGAAUUUGAAUGGUCUGAUAUUCAGUUUUAUCACAUUGGUUAAUCGCAAUCCUGGCAGGAGCACAUUC